AGGACAAAGCAUGCACCGUAUUGUGACCACAGGAAAGAAGGGUGUGUGAGCUAGCUACACGCGUAGUGAAGUGCACGUGAAGGUCGUCCUUCGCGGCCGAAGGUUCCGGUGGGACGACGUUGAGGCAUGAAUGUUCUGGUGUUCAUCGUUCUGCUGGCCUCUGUGGCUCAACGGGGCUCUUGUCAAGCAUCUACUCCUUACCGCACUCCUACCAUAACAGCCGAACCUACAACUGCCCCCGUCACUGAACCCGCUCCAAGCCCGAGGCCCAUACCCUUGCCGGUCCCUUGGCAUGUACCAUGGCCUUCGCCUUGCGCCAACCCGUGCGCCAUACUUUGUGCACAAGAGUCGCCCUGCUACUUGCCUACCUAUCCUGUUCAACCGACUCCAGAACCGUGGUUCGUGCCUUGGUCUGAACAAUCGACUGAGCCAUGGCUUGUGCCAUGGUACCAGCCGUCCCAUGAAUACCGCCCCGGCUCAUGGUCUCAGUCGUCGCCCAACACUCCUUCAUCGCCACAGCAAUCGCUAUGGUUUCCUCCCGCCCAUUCAGCCCAGCCUUCACUCGAGCCGUCGUCCAAUUCCCCAUCUGGACCGUGGUCCAGACCGUCGCCGCAAUCAUGGUCCGUCCAUCAGUCCAAGUCGUAUGCCGAGUCAUGGCCAGUUUCUGGGUACAGCCCUUCUGCUGGACCAUGGCAGAGUCUUUGGUCGAAGCCGUUUCCCGAGGCAUGGCAGGGUUCUUGGACGAAGCCUUAUCCCGAGCCGUGGCAGAGCCCCUGGUUGAACCCAUAUCCCGAGCCAUGGCAGGGUUCUUGGUCGAAGCCGUAUCCCGAGGCAUGGCAGAGCCCUUGGCCGAAGCCGUAUCCUGACUCCUGGCAGAGUCCCUGGUCGGAGCCGUAUCCUGAGCCGUGGCAGAACCCCUGGUCGGAGCCAUAUCCCGAGUCGUGGCAGAAGCCCUGGUCGAAGCCAUAUCCCGAGCCGUGGCAGAGCCCCGGAUCGAAGCCGUAUCACAAGCCGCGGCAUAACCCCUGGUCGAAGCCGUAUCUACAGCCGUGGCAGAGCACCGAGUGGAACCCGUAUCCCGAGCCGUGGCUGAGCCCCGGGUCGAACCCAUAUCCUGAGCCAUGUCAUAGUUCCUGGUCGGAGCCCUAUACCGAGCCGUGUCAGAGCCCCUGGUCGAUGCCGAAUCCCGAGUCGUGGCAGAGCCCGUCACCCAAUCCGUAUCCAGAGUCUUGGCCAAAUUCUUGGUCUGUGCCACAUCCGGAGUAUACUUCGUGGUCCAAGCCAUCUCCAGAACCCGGGUCAAAUGCUUGUUUUCACCAUAACCACAGAUUUUGGCCUUCACAUCGCUUUCAGCCAUCGCACGAUAUGUGGCCUGCACCUCCCCCUCAGACCUCACCCCAGCCGUGGCCUCUACCUUGGUCGCAGCAGCCUCAGCCGUGGGAUGGGCGCCCGCACAGGCUUUCAACGCAGCCUCGGCCGGUUCACUCAUCUCUGCCGUCAACACCGCCUGUGCCAAGAACCCCUUGUUCCCGUUUAUCCUGUCCUUUCCGAUGGCACAAGCCCAUGGCCAUCUCCGCUGUGACGAAGUUUGAGCCCUUACCCGACCCGAGAAUUCGCACGUAUAGAGGUGAGCGCAAUGUACCGGUUUUGUAA